AAUUAUUAAAGUGAAAAAUGUAAUCAAUUACCAAGUUUUAAAUGUAUCUUUAUACUCAUUUGCUUGUUUUAGAAGAUCUUAAGAUACAGAAUAAAACUAGCAUCUAAAUGGCUUACACAGAAAAGGUGUCAUUAAAUGGCACCGCACUUUCCUUCCUACUCUACGAAUGCUUAAAUUCCUCCAACAGUCAGGAAGGAUUCCUAAUUGGAGAUGUAACUUCUGAGAUUAGAAAUCAUAUAUCGGAUUCACACAAUGACAGUGCUCGAUUAGAUACGCAAAUUGCUAUACGGACAGUAUUGCCACUACCAUCAGUUUCACUAUUUUAUCUUCCUUCAGGCAGUUUAAAGGAAGAUGUGCUAUCUGACUUGCUAUCAAAUGUAGCAUCUGAGGUUGUUGGUUGGUACAAAUACCGCAAAUGUAGCAGCAUUAAACCGACAUUCCGAGACAAGUUAAUAUCCAAAGGAUUGCAAAAAUAUUUCGAAAAAUACCACAACAAAAAGACAUUUGUUACAUGUAACUUGUCAACAAAGGUCUCGAUUGCAGGGUCAACUCACACAUUAAUUUAUAGAUUCGGAAAAAUAAAUUGCUUUGACAUGUAUGAAUAUAUUGAAGAUGUGACAGCCAAUCUAGGUGAAAAAGUAACGGGGUACAAGAAGGCUAAUAGAUUGACACCACACUGUAUAUUUAACAAGAUAGUAAAAGAAAGUAAUGUUCAUAAUAACAACACAAAUGAUGCCAUACUUAUGAUCCAACAGGCUGUGGAUGUGAGGCUUGUAAAGGAAGCGCAAAUUGCUGCUAAAAAUGAAUCUACAAUUAGGGAAUUAGAGGCUGAAAUCAAACAGAUGAAUUCCAUUCUUGCUGAAAAACAGGCGUCUGAUUUAGAUGCCUCUUACAAUAAGAUGUUGGAGGAAAAGUAUGUAAAUAAGGAGGUUGAGAUGGUUGAUGUUUGCAUAGAGGCUUUGAAAACACCCCUCACCAUUGACCUGCUCAGCAUGCCAAAUGUAGUUAUAAAUAGCAAUAGUGACAUUAUAACCGAUAGUGAAAAUUCAGUGCAACUUAUUGAAAACAAUGUGAAAGACAGAUCACCUAGUCCAGUAUUGCCUUCAAGUUCUUCCAAACCAACAUCACUUAAUUAUGCAGCUGUGCUUAAGAAGAAAUCUGAAACAAAUAGUAAAAAACCAAGUAAUUUUACAGAGGACCUUAUUAGCUUUGAUGUGGAAGACAGACCAGUGCAAAAGCCCAUAAUCAUCAAUGACAAUGCUACAUGUUUUGGUGAAAGUUCACCUGAAUACUAAGUGCCUUAUAAAUGUUAAUGUUAUAAGUUACCAAUUUCUGACUUAGUUCUGUUAUUUUUAUCUGUUAUAGUAACCAUAAAUUACGAUAUUCUGUACCUUAAUAUUGUAGACAUUAUGUUCAGUGUUAACUAUUAUCUAAUAGCAAACAUAUCUAAUGUACUUUUAAAUAAGAAUUUAAUCUUGUCAUCUCUUAUAAAUACCAUAAGAUAAUAAAAAAUGGUAAGUAUAUUAUCUGUAGAUAAUCUUUUACCUUCAGGGAACAUUACAAUUGUAUAUAAAUAUAGGUAUCAUCACUGUUUAUAACAAAAACAUGGAAUAUCAUUAUUCUCAUUAUACCUAUUUUGUGUAAAAUAACAUUCAUCUUGUUAGUAAUAAUGUUAUUUUUGUAAUAAAGUAUAAGUCCGACAUGAAUAUGAA